AUGAUCCCGACAGCGAAUGGAUUACUGAUUCCAGAUGAAAACGAUAUUAACAAUGCGGGUAGAGCAGCGCUUCCGAUUUAUGAUGUAUUACCUGAAAAUUUCUCAACAGAUCCAAUGAUUCUUGAUAAUCACUUAACAGCUUCGAUUGCUAGAAAAAAUCUUUCGAUAGGACUGACUGAUAAAAAUCUUUCAACAGCAAUCGCUUCUACAAGACGCCACCCAACAGAAUCGUCUUCCACAGACAACUAUUCUACAGAUUCGUUUUCUAAGAAACUUUAUUCAGCAGAUCGAGUACCGCAACGGACAGAUACAUACGCAAUCGAUACUACUGAUAGUGUAUCAGCAUUUCAAGUUCAACUCAAAAUCGAUUCAAAUCAAAAUUCUACUGAAUACACAUCAACAUUGUCACAAGACAUGACAGAAAAUACAAUGUCAACCGAUGAAAUGCAUACUUCAAUACAAAUUCCAUUGACAAUAGCCGAAGAGAUGAUCAGAGUUGAUACUGAAACUAUCGCUCAACAAUUUAAUCCAUUUGUAUCAAUAAGUUUUCAACCUAUUUUCGAAGAACAUCAUCAACGUGCCCGUGCGUUUUUGACAUGCUGUGAACUGACUGACAGUUCCGAUAGGGUUCUGUUAAAAAGAUUUGUAGAUGCAUACGGCUUAUUGGAUGAACAAACGGAAAUAAUUCAAGAAUGUGUUGAUCAACUGAUUAAUUCCACAAAAAUGGCAUGUGACCUUGAUUUGCGAAAGCUAGACAAGGCUCGACAUUUAACCAAACGAUUUACCGAUUUGUAUUCGGAAAACGACAGUAGAGAUUCUAAUAUUGCAAUGCAACUGUUAGAUCAAGCAAUUUCACAAACAAUCGAUGUAACGAAUGUUGUUGAUAACUAUGAUAAUGAAAUAUAUGGCAAAUGUGAUUCUGCUAUUAUUCUACUAUGGAAACCAUCUCAAUUAGUCGAUUGUGAAAUAUAUUAUCGUUCAUUAUUCGUUGAUUAUUCACUCGGCCAAGAACGCUAUGAUAAAUAUAAUAAGGAAAUAAGUCUACCAUUUCAACAGAAAACUUUAAGUUUAUUGGUUCCCGUCAAAAAUGCUUGGAAUAAAGUUGCUGAUCAAGUGAAAAAGAACAUUCAGGAGAAAUUCGACAAUAAACCGGUACCUGAAGAUCAACUUGAAAAAGAUAUAAAUCAUAUAAGAAAUACGUUAACUUACUAUAUAAUUAAGCUCGAUCAUCCAAUGGUUAAUCAUUAUGCACAUAGUGCACAUGUGUUUAAAGUUUGCUGUACAUCAAUAAAAACGUCUGAUAUAUUCAAUGAAUAUUUAGCCUUUUUUGAUCAUGAUCCUAAUCAAGGUCAUCACAUGGAUAAAUUUUUACAUUCUUGUGUUCAACAUCAAGCUCUCGAUCCGGUAGAUGUUAUGAAAGAAAAUAAUGAAUGUAAUGUAUCUUAUAAUCGAUAUCUUGAUGCUUUGCAAAAACGACAAGAUUUUAUUGACAAAUACGAAAAAUUAAAUCCACAGAUGGUUAUCUGGUUUCGAGAAGCUAUUCGAUUGAAAAUAGGUCAAUCGGAUAUCAUCCGAACAAUGACAGACUAUGUAGAUAAAUAUUGUCAAAGUAAACAUGUAUUUGAACUGAUGUUUGAUGCCUGUAAAACGAUCGAUUGUGAAAAAAUGAUUCGUCAUGCCAUUGGCAAAGAAAGCUCUAAAACAUAUUCCUAUUACAAUAUAUCUGUCAGCUACUCAUUUCAAAAUAUGAUACUUGAAGAUUGGGACAAUCUCGCACGUACGAUAACUCAUCUAGACACAAAUGACGAAAAUCCAACUGCAACCAUGAUUCAGGAGUUACAAGCAUCACUUUCUGUGAGAUCCUCUCGAACUAAUUUGAAAUAG